AUGCCACAGAUAGAUUCUACGGUUUCUACAGAUUCACCAGUUAAAAAGUCAACUCGACCAAGUCGAAAGGGAAAAAAAGCCUGGCGAAAAAAUGUUGAUAUUACAGAUAUUGAAGAAACUUUAGACGGAAUAAGAGCUGAAGAAAGAUUACUGGGUGGAAAAAUUCAAGAUAUACCAAGUGAAAAACUUUUUUUUUUAGAUACAAAGGGUGAUGCUCAAGAAAAAUUAUCACGAAAAAAAAAUAGUUCAAAUGAUGAUAAUCAAUUAUCAUUAUUAUUAAGAUCUGAGAAGGAGAAAAUAAAUGAAAAAUAUGAUAUAUGGACACAGAAAGAGUCCGAAGAUUCAGAAAUAAAUGAUGAUGAUUUUUUGCAACCGGUAAAAAAACGAAAGAUUAAGCCUCCUCCAACUUUAAGUAUUAAACCUGGAGGGAAUGUUCCAGCUGUUAAAAUUCCACAUUCCGGAGCAAGUUAUAUGCCGGAAGCUCAAGCUCAUCAGGAACUUCUAAUGAUUGCUCAUAAAGAAGAAAAAAUCAAAUUACAAAAAAUACAACGCAUUAAAUCUCAAGUUCCUUCACUAAAGGUAGAAAUAAUAGAAGAAAAUAUAAUGAUGAAUGAUAAUGAGAAUGAAAUUUCUUCGGAUUUAGAAGAAGAAGAAGAGGAGGAAAAUAAAGAUAAAAAUAAUAAUAAAGAGGAAAAUAAAUCUAAAGUAAAUCAUAAAAAAACAAAAACUGAACGUAACAAAGAAAAGAAAAAAUUGGAGAGAUCGAAAAUGGAGGAACAUAAAAAACAACGAAAAGAAUUAAAAAAAAAUCUAGAAAGACUUCCCGAGAUUAUAACCACGGUAGAAAAAGAAUUCAAUGAACGUGAGAAAAUGAUGAUAGAACGCGAAAAAUUGACCAAAGAAGCCGAAAAAAUGCCAAAAAAUAAAAUUGGAAAAUAUCGAGUACGAAAAUUACCAACAAAUGUUUUGCUCACAGAUGAAAUUCCACCUACUUUUCGAGAAUUCAAGCCAUUUCUUUGUAACGAUAGCAUUCGUGUCGUUUAUAAGCCUGACGAUGAAUUAACAAAACUCCGCCGAUUAUGGUGGAAAGAGGGUAACAUACAUCCACAAGCAAAAUGGGAAGAGGCAAUGAUGAAGACGAACUUAAUAUCCGUGGUCUAUGGGAAUGAGUCAAUUAUAAAGCCAUCAUUUAUGAACUACCAUGAAACAUUUAUUGGUUUAAUCACUAAGCUCCUUAAUUUGUGUUGGAGUCCUGUUGACUUUACUGAUGCCAGAAUUCGUGCCGCAUAUGCAUGUUUUCGCCCUGCAAAACCGCCAUUUCGUGUCCACGAUGCAAUAAUUAUCAAAAUUUAUCCACUUCCAGAUGAUGAAGUGCCUACACGCACGCAGUUUGAAUUUGGUACUCAUGACCAAUAUGGAAAUCCUAAAAUUAUUCAACAAGGCCAAUGUGUUAUCAGCAUAUUCCUUGAUUGUUUGGAUCGUGAUACAUUUCCUGACAUUACAAUUCCUCAACAACUUCUCUUGGAUCCGAUUUCAUUGGAUUUUUUGCUAAUUCGAGACGAAUUCCUCCGUAUGUAUCGAACCAGUUAG